AUGGCUAAGAAACUCUGUCUGCUGUCCCUGGAUGGCGGAGGUAUUCGGGGCCUGUCAUCACUCUUCAUCCUCCUGGACCUUAUGAAAUCGCUGGAUCCAUACGAUCCACCCAAACCAUGCGACGUCUUCGAUAUGAUCGGAGGGACAUCUACCGGAGGCUUGAUUGCGAUCAUGCUUGGCAGGAUGAAGAUGACCGUCCACGAAUGUAUUGAGGCCUAUCUAUACAUCAGUCGCAAGUGGAACGUGCAUAACGGGUUUAUCCACUUUGAUUUGAAGGAGGAUUUCAAACGUUUCAUAUUCAAGCAUACGAUGGAGCCGGACGAGCUCUUCUGCAAGAGCGGGUGCGAUACGGGGUGCAAGACAUUCGUAUGUACUACAAGCAUUCGAACUUGGGGAACUGUCAUCAUGUCGAGCUACUAUUCAUAUUAUCGGGACAACGACUAUAAUGCCAAGAUAUGGGAGGCUGCUCAGGCGACAACAGCGGCGACAUCAGCGACGGAUUCCAGAUUCGACGACAUGACACUCUUUGGUGCCAACAAAGCGGUGAACCCCAUAAACUACCUUUGGAUCGAAGCAACCAAUCUCUUCGGAAAGGACCAGGUGGAUUGGAAACUAGAGGACCACCUCCAAUGCCUAGUCUCGAUCGGGACGGGCUCUCAACAAAGCCUACCAACACCAACACCCUUGAACCUUUCUGAAAAUGCGACUAGUUGGAUUGAAUUACAAAAGGCGCUCGAAAAAGAGACCGAUGAGAUAUCCAAUGGAUUUCAAAAGAACCAUGCCCAGCUUUUCCAACAAGGGGUGGCCUUUCGAUUCAACGUGGACAAAAGUGUCAACGUCGACGGAAAUAAGUAUGAGUUUACUGGCGAGGCAGACAUAGCCCAUGAGAUUUCACGUGUCACCAGGACAUACCUUAAGGAAGCCAGGUCUACUUUGGUCUUGCCUUGCAUGAAACGACUGAAGGCAAAAGCCUUCAAUUCUCAGUUCAAGCCUCUGCUUGGUAGUAGCCUCAGAGUCAGCGCCCAAGGCGAGGAAGAAAUGCCUUCAAGUCCAAGCGACCAAGUAUCACAAGAGGCAAUACAAAGCAAAUUUGUAUGGACUCCCGAUAAUAUAUUGGUUGACACAACUUUCGAGGUUUCUUGGGAGCUGCAACGCUGCAUUCAAGACGAAUUGGAUGGUGAUUACAAUCUUGGCCCCGUUCUUACCAUCUCCGGCGAUUCCUCACAUUUUUGGGCCACAUCAUGUCUUGAAUAUGUUGAACACAGAUGGCCUACAAUCGGUAGCGCAUUUCUCCAGCUGUUGCGGCGCACGGAAGGCUUCACGCGCAAGGUAGGGGCUGGUCAACAAGAUCUUGGUGGCAGUGAUUCAGAAGAUGAGGAGGAGACUGAUGGGAGUAUAUGGUCACAAGUAAAAAACGACCUACCAACACACGACGACGACGAAGACUUUGGUGACAGUGAUAUAGAGGAAGAGGAUUACAAUGAUGAGACCUUUGAGGAUAUAUCUUCAGAGGACGGGCCACAGCUAGGGUUUUCGAUUUUUGCUGAAGCUCUUCAGUCUUUCGAUCAACGAGGACGGGGCGCAUGUUGGGCACCGUUAUUCCCCAGCACCGUUAUUGCCUGCGGGUUUUCUGUUCCAAAGAUUCCUUAUACCAACGGUCUGCAAAUAUCUGUCAAUGGUAUGUUGGAGAUGGCAGAUAUACUAUACGACGUCAACUUCAAGAGCGACGAUGGUGAGUCCAGUGGAAUUUAUCUCGACGGCAUCGCCUGGAGACUUUAUCCUACGGCCUACUUCAAGGAAGGAAAUACCCCUAUCGUCCAGUGGCACUUGGUAAAGAAGGAACCACACGAAGAAAACCACCAAGGUCUUCCGCCUGAGCUCCAUGGUGGACCGAAAUGGCUUGCAGAUGUUUCACUGGACACUUUGCAAUCUGCGAUUGCCGUCUUAGGUUAUUGCGACGACGCCCAUGUCUAUCUCGGCACAGAUGAACGCAAACAGCAGUAUAAGCUGUUCCGUCAUAGUAAAGCGCGCGACGAGAGACAUCCGAAGCAACUAACGCUGGGUAACAUAACACUUGGCCUCGGCUUCAAACCUGCAAGCAUUUCAAUCCCAUUUGCUGUGAAGAAGAGAAAGGGGCUUGUCGACUCGCGCAAGGACGAGGCCGUCAAGAAUUUCUCGCUGCUAGCGGAAUGCAUAAGCAAGAAGCCGGUGAUUCUGUUUGAAACCGAGAAGGGGAGAGAGAAGGCAUGGAUGGUGUCUCAACUGUCGAUGUUUCUCGACUUAUACAACUACUGGGCUUUCAAGACCGGAUUGGAGGACAUCAAAUAUGCAAAGGCUGGCGCGGAUGGCGGUGAGCAGGCCAAAAUUAUCCUCAAUGACGAGGAGUAUUCCACAAGGGUGUUAUACAAAAAGAGGGGAUCGGAUGAUAAAGAUCUGAAUGUCAGCGACAUGGUUAUGAGGAUAUACGGCCGCUUCAUGCACAAGGGUCCCGGCGGCAGGGACAGUCACCAGCUGUCUGACAUAACGGUCCCAAUGGGAAGAGUAGGAAACAGUAUCCUGGGCUGGGACUGGCUCAACUUGGUAGAGUCGACGCCUUUGGAUGAGUCGCCCAGGCUGGAAGUUUGGAUGGGAAACGCCGGGAUGCCACCUUGGGCCCCUCUAAUGAAGACGGUGCGCGUUCUCUUCGGCCAUGGGAUAGGCGAGCUGAUUAAGCCUCAAAAACCACAGGAUGUGUGUGCAAACUGGUGCCCUGUCCCUGGAGGUCUCGAGAGCCUUUACUUGGUCACCACUGUACCAUGUGUGAAGGCUAGAGAGGCUUUUGGUGGAGCUGAGAAGCCUGGUUUGGCCCCCGGGAUUGUGUGGAACUUCAGUAUUGACUGUACCUUCCAGCCGUGUGUCCAUGGUAAGUUGGACGUGGAGAAGUGUAUCAAGCAACCACAAAGUCUCUACAUCGAGCCAGACAACAGCCGACAGAAACUGCACAAGAAACCGCCAAUAAUUACCAGUAGAAUCGCUGAAGCAUCGGAUCCGAGGGAGCCGAUACCUCCUAACGGUGCGGUGGUCUUUGCCAAGUCCCGAAAAAGCGAGAAGACGCUGCCUGAAGUAGAGGCACUGGGCAACGGCGCGGGUGAGGGCACCUGUGGGGUGGACAAUCCGAGAGAGCAGGUCAACGAUGAUGUUGCGCCGUUGCAGAAAGCACACAGUAGCUCAAAAGAGAGGUCACCGGAUCGGUUGAACCAUACAGUUGACGGACCCGUUAGUUCAGACCUGACAGAGACGGUGUGCGGCGACCUGGUGGCUUUGCGGACGAAGAAGUCUCGCGCAUGUAAUAACAAGGGCAAGGGUGAGGAAAGUGGAGGGGACGGUGGCACGAAUUUUUCGAGCUUGAGCGAGAAGAUGAUCGAUGCGUGUAAGACCGAGACAAUCUCGAAUUCGAAUUUGGAUCUCGAUGUCGGGGAUAGUGUAACGAAGGCGAUCAAGUUGUUCUUCGAGAAGCACCGCAACGGCCUAGAGAAGGAGGAGCGGAGAAGAGUACUGCGAAAGUUGUCCGAGCAUCAAUCGGCUUCCUUAUUUCUGAUGGUUUACGAGGGUGAUGAGAAUAUCGCGAAAGAGAAUCGAGACGAUUUGGUGGACAUGUGGAAAGAGGAAUGCCGAAUCGGGGCAUGA